GUCCAGCGCAGCUUGUAGAAAGCGUGAGGUCCGGCUGGGAAAGAGGAAUAGAGUCAUUGCUUCUAUCCUCAGCAGGCCGACGCCUCGGCCACCUGCGCCUAUCCCUGCCUGACUACUGCCAGAAAGCUACCUCAGGGCCUAAGGAUCAGCAGCGUGAGCCCCGGGACACAAGGGACGGCAUACGCGAUGACGUAUAUGUGGCGUAAUGACGCAACGCAGCGUGAUGUGACGCGGCGUGACGUGAAGUGCUCCCAUCCUCUCCUCCUCCGGGCUGCUGGGUAUCUCCCUCAGGGUGAGCUACCUCUUGAGGAAAUGGCGGCGCCCCGGACUUGCGGGGACGCAGCCUGUUGCUCUCACCAGAGCGCCGUUCCCAGCGUGCAGCAGACCCUGGAAGAGAUGGACUUCGAGAGAGGGAUCUGGUCAGCAGCACUGAAUGGAGACCUAGGACGGGUGAAACAUUUCAUUCAAAAGGAAACAGACCCCAGUCAGCCUGAUCCUUCUGGAUACACUGCUCUGCACUAUGCCAGUCGAAAUGGGCACUACGCUGUGUGCCAGUUCCUCUUGGAGAGUGGAGCCAAGUGUGAUGCUCAGACACAUGGGGGUGCAACAGCUUUGCACCGAGCCAGCUAUUGUGGCCAUACGGAAGUUGUUAGACUACUGCUGUCCCAUGGAGCUAAUCCAGGUGUGGCAGAUGAUGAUGGAAUGACCAGCUUACACAAGGCUGCUGAGAGAGGUCACUUGGAUCUCUGUUGCCUCCUGCUGCAGCAUAGCCCAGCUUUGAAAGCUGUUCGAGACCGAAAGGCUAGAUUAGCAUGUGACUUACUGCCCUGCAACAGUGACCUUCGAGACCUGCUUGCUAGCUGAAUAACCAGAUUCCUGUCUCAGCAAGAGUUCUGGAACCUGGAUCCUCAAGCACCUUCCUUGCCCCUGUAUUCUACAGAAUGGGAAACAAACUCAGGGCUUGUGAGACUGAACAAAAGAGAUAGGACCAUUUUGAGGGAGGUCACUGCCUAGGUCAGGAAGGGAACUUGGUGCAGGCACCCAAGCCUGACAGGUGAUCAUAUUCUAAAUUAGCACACGUGGAGAUGUCUGUCUAAGGUAUUUCCCUAGUUCAGAGUCAGUUCCAUUGACCAGAUAAUUCUUUUUUUUUUUUUUUGACCAGAUAAUUCUUAAAGGAGAAAACAGCUUCUUCCCCCUUUUCCUCUGAUAACCCAGUGAGUUAAUCUCAUUGUUAUGGGGCAGAUAAUGAAAAAUAGAAUCACUUAUUUUUACUUUAGUAUUUUGAUGGCAGUUAUAAACAACUUAAUGCUCUUAAAACUGAAAGUAAGGAAUGAUCUAAAAUUUGUCAAAAGUAUGAGGAAGCAAAGUGUUAAUUAGAAUAAAGAAAAUCCCAGGGCAUGGACUGCUUGGACAUUCCCACAAAGCAUUAAAGCACUUAAAAGAAAAAUA